GAUGGGGUUAGUGGGAACGGCCGCUGUUAACCUGGUUAGUGAGAUUAGCAAGUGGGGCGAUGCGUGGUUUCGAUAAAAACACUAUCGAUAAUAAAUGCACGUUUACACCCGAGUGCAGCAAUGUUGGUCCCGUAAUGUCUAACUAGAGUAUAACGCAUGGUGGAGAGCGUUACAUGGCACGGAGGGAGCCGCAGUUAGGCGCGUUGCUGCGAGUUGCCUGACGUGCUGGGCAGUCAUGUCUCUACCAAUGGUGUCUGUUGGCGCCGGACAAGCCCUCUUCACUGUCGAGCAGAUCGAGCUGAUCCGACGCCUCAGGAACAGCGGCAUCACCAAAGAGCAGGUAAUCCAGGCCUUUGAUGCAUUCAGCCGCAUUGAUGCCGAACUGGGACACCUGUACACCGUCCCCCAGUGUCUGGCUCCAGUGGGCACUGUGACAUUAAACCAGUCGACGCCAUGUCAGUCAGCCAAAGCAUCAAGUUCUACAGAGGUGUCAAGGGUCAAGCGUCGUCGAGAUGAUAGCUAUGAGGAGGAGGGAGGUUUUGGAGAGGAGGAGAUUGUUGUACAUUCCUUUGAGGAGCGUGAACUGGUCAGUCCACAGAACAUUACUUCCAUUGGGAUCGAUGAUGACCUCAAGGCCAGACUGGAUGACUUCAUGAAAAUGCCAGCUCCGAAGAGACUUGAAGAAAUCAUCACCAUGGUAACAAUGGCUGGUGUCAGGGUGCCAAUCAUUGCGGACAAAACAGGACUAUCAGUCUCCACCAUCAACCGCUUCCUCCAGGGGGAAACUGUGGACAUCUCCAGCAACCAGAGACGCUCCAUCUACAUCUGGUACCUAAAGCAGCUUCAGAAGGCAGGCACCACUACAUACAUGCCGAGCAAACCUUUGAUGUCAAGGCCGCAGGCAGCUCUUGUACACAGGAAGGGGACAGGGCAGCCGGUUGUACAGAUCAUUCCCAACAUCAGGACACCAGAGAUGAGCCUGGACACCAGCAUGCAGGACAGCCACUUCACCAUCAUCCAUGGCAGCGAGCCCAUACCACGUCGUGAGCGCUUCACCUUCCGAGAGAAGCACAUUGAGAUUCUGGAAGAAGCAUUCCGAGCCAAUCAAUACCCAUCAAACGAGGAGCGUGAACUGAUUGCUGUCAAGUGCAAUGAUGUCAUGAAAGUCGUUUCAGGGCGAAGACUGUCAGAGAGGGAGAGGGUCACAGCCUACAUCGUGUCCAACUGGUUCAACAAUCGGAGGAAGGAGAUCAAGCGACUUGCACGAGAAGAAGGUGUUGCCUUUGCUGACGUAGUGCUCCCAAGUCGACUAAAAUCUCGCCAGUUUGUCCCCAACUCUGACUCUCCAAACUCGCAUGAUGAUUUGGUCCAAGUGGAACCUGACGGAAGUGACAGCAGUCAGCUGGACUACGCCACCAUCAACAAGAUGCUGUAUUCCCUGAAGGCGGAAGAAGAGAAGGUUGUCAUCAAGCAGGAACCUACAGAUGAGGACUCCUGACAGGCUGUCAACAAGCUGACUGGAAGAGAAACAAGCAGAUGAUGACAGUUGUUCCUUGACGGUUCAGAUGUUUCUGGGUUGUCUUGGUCAGGUGUUCCUUGACGGCCAGUGAUGUUUUCUGAUGGUCCAUGGUGUUUCUGGUGUUGGUCAGUGGAAAGAUGGUCUUACCAACUUGUUUGUUCAGAUGUUCCUUGAAGGCUGAGUCCAGUGGCCCAUGAUGUUUCAGGUAGACAUCAGAAGGGUGGACCUGUUAGGUCAGAUCAUCAUGCACUUCUUGAGACUAACGACCCCUCAGUCUGCUUUACAAGUGACCUCAAAGAUUUUCUACACGCAUCCAAUAGAUUUUCAGUCUAACCAUGUUUAUGAAUCUUCAUGUGUUUGUGCAGAGUUGUAGCAAUUGGAUUUGGGAAAGUUUUGACCAGUGACUGCCUCUUUGUGACCAAGGAUGAUGUACAAAUACAAAUAUUGUAUGAGUUAGUUCCAACUGACGAAAAACUCAUCAUAUUGUCAAACAAACUUGUCCUAAGUCUAGAAGUGGAAAGAAUGUUUUAUAUGAAAGUGCUAUCAUUUAGGUGCCAGACAGCAUUCACCACCUCUGGUAGUCACUACCAAUACGUAAAAAGAAAUAAUUGUGUUGUACUGUACUGUACUGUACUGUGAUGUGAUGUCUGUGUUGCAAGUUGUUAAAGUUCCAACCAGGACAGUGAUCACUGUAUACAGUCAAGAGUAUCACAAUCCCAAACCACAUAGUACCAAUCAAAACUGUCAAUGAAUGAGAUUGACAUCAUAUGAACUUUAUCAAUAAGUUCAGAUACAAGUCUGGAAAUAUGGGAUGUUCUUGUGUCAAUGUUUCCCUUGAUUACUUCACACAGUAAAUCAACAAUAAAAGAAAAACAAAUAAACCUUUUUGCUGUU